AUGGCGGCAAGAUGCUUGUCAACGACGACAGUGGCCGCCAUAGGACUGACCUGCAAGGCUUUUCUCAAUUCUGGUUUUUGUACCAUUACUGUCAAUAACCUAACUGGUUUGCUGGAUGCUCUGAACAACAAACACAGGAAUGAAGGCCAGGGUGUAGUCACUGUGGCUAAUCAUAUCUCAGUAUUGGACGAUCCAGUGACGUGGGGUAUCCUUCCCUCCAGACUUUACCUCAAUUCAAAAACCACAAGGUGGUCCCUGGGAGCCUCAGACAUUAUGUUUACAAAUCCUAUCUUCUCCACUUUUUUUCGUAACGGUCAAGUAUUAGAAACUUUCCGUGGAAAGGGUGUGUUUCAGCCUGCCGUGGAUUCUGCCAUCCACAAGUUGAACGAAGGCGGGUGGGUCCACCUUUUCGGAGAAGGGAAAGUAAACCAGCCAAAUAGUUAUCCAUAUCAAGCUGGCAUCGUACGCCUCCCAAGGUUCAAAUGGGGCGUGUAA